AUGACCCCCAUUCAGAAGCCAGUAUCAGCCCAGCCGGCGCUGGCAUCUCCGGCAUCUCCUCCCGCCUCUUCUACUCCCUCCUCCGAAUCUUCUUCUGCUUCUGCUUCUGCUUCCCCCUCUUCUGCUCCAGUCGCAAUGGCAAAGACUUAUCCUCCUGUACAGCCUGGAGGCAGUUUGAUCUUAGCCUGGCAAAUCAAGCACAAGAAGGUGCUUGUUGUCGGCGGUGGUGAGGUCGCUGCAGGUAGAAUCUUAAAUUGCCUCAACGCCGAUGCUAACGUCACUGUCGUGUGCCCCAAGUCCGGCCUCAAUGAUGAAGUCGCCUACCGAGUCAGCGAAGGCCAAGUCGCUCACGUCGACCGAGUAUUCGAGCCCGAAGAUUUAGACGGAGCCAGCAUGGUUCUGGUCGCUAUCGACGACCCGGCCGCCUCGACCGUCAUUUGGAAGCUUUGCAAGGAGCGAAGGAUUCCCGCCAACAUCGCCGACGUACCACCCGAAUGCGAUUUCUAUUUCGGCAGUAUCCAUCGCGAUGGUCCCCUCCAGAUUAUGGUCAGCACCAACGGCAAAGGACCCAGGUUGGCGGCGGCCAUUCGGCAGUUCAUCGCCAAGCAACUACCCAAGAAUGCUGGUAAUGCCAUCGAGACUAUCGUUAGCGAUACCUACAAGUGGGACGAGAUGUGCGGCCUCACAGACGAAGAUAUGGACAAUCUCCUUCUGUUUUAUCCUGCCAACAAAGUCCCUGCCAUGGACGUUCUGCUAGCCCUCCGAGGAGGCACCGACGUCAAGAAACUCGACGUCUUUGACGGCUCAUUCGGCUUCAGUGUCGGCGCCUAG